UACUUUCCACAGCUUCACUAGUCCGCUCCACCACAAAAGCAGCUUUUUAGGUUUUGAGACUUAUUUGAGAACACACCAGCGUCAUUAUGAUACCGAAGAACUUCUUAAAACUCUGCUCCGUGCUGAUUGUUAUGGCAGCGUUGUUGCCACAAGGUCAAAGCCAACGCACCGUUUGUGGACCGGCUUUGGACGCUGUGCUCAGCACCAUUUGCGUCCAUGGCUUCAAUUCAAAGUUCAAGAAAUCAGUGGAGUGGGAUGAUCUGGGAAACAAUGAAGUGGACUACGAGCUGCCAUUCCCCUAUGCCAACUCGCCAUUCUUGGCCAAGAUUCACGGCGCCCAAUUUGAUACUUUAGCCAAGACUCGUCGCCACCGAGACACCGGUGUUUAUGAUGAAUGUUGCAGCAAGGCCUGCAGCUACAACGAGAUUCUUUCGUAUUGCAACACAUUUUAAAACUGCAACGCCUAGUAUAGUAUUCAGCCCACAACAUGAUAUUAGUUACUCGCUUUUAAUUAAAUAUUUGUAAUGCCGAUGCUUACUAAAAUCACUAUGAAUAAUCAAAAACUCGAAUAAAAAGACAUGAGGUAUAA